AUGGUGACGUUAAUUCACACUUUAGCAGACCACAGUGAUGAUGUCAACUACUGUGCCUUCUCAUCAUCGUGCUUGGCUACUUGCUCCCUGGACAAAACAGUUCGUGUUUAUUCUUUAAAGGACUUCUCCCAGCUCCCCUACUCGCCUUUAAAAGGCCAUACAUAUGCUGUCCACUGCUGCUGCUUCUCUCCAUCAGGACACUUUUUAGCUUCGUGUUCCACAGAUGGUACUAGUGUGGUGUGGGACGCUGGUGAUGGUCAGAUGCUGGCAGUGCUGGAGCAGCCCAGCAGCAGUCCUGUUAGAGUCUGCCGAUUCUCUCCUGACUCCACUUGUCUGGUGUCAGGGGCAGCGGAUGGCAGUGUAGUCCUUUGGAACAUGCAGUCAUUGAAGCUGUACAGAUCUGGGAAUGUUAAAGAUGGUUCUUUGGUGGCCUGUGCGUUUGCUCCUAGUGGAAACUUCUUUGUCACAGGAUCAUCGUGUGGUGAUUUAACUGUUUGGGAUGACAAAAUGAGAUGCCUGUGUAAUGAAAAAGCACAUGAUCUUGGUGUUACCUGCUGUGAUAUUUCUUCACAGCCAGUUUCUGGUGAUGAACAUACAUUUACAUGCUUCCAGAUGGCUUCUUGUGGUCAAGAUAAUCAGAUCAAACUCUGGCUUAUUUUGUUUGCAGAUUCCUCAGGUGCUGAACUAAAAUAUAAAUGCACAUUGAGUGGACAUUCUGCCCCAGUUCUGGCUUGUGCUUUUUCUCAUGAUGGGCAGAUACUAGUUUCAGGGUCUGUGGACAAGUGUGUCAUAGUGCAUGAAAUUAGUACUGGCAAUACCCUGCAUACUUUGUCUCAGCAUACCAGAUAUGUUACAACUUGUGCUUUUGCACCAUGCAGUCCCUUACUUGCCACAGGUUCAAUGGAUAAAACUGUGAACAUAUGGCAGUUUGACCUGAAGCAAGCCUCUGCAGGAAGUGCUGUAGAAAAUGAAUCUAAGGUGGCUGUUGAGGACUGGUCAGAGGAUGAUGUUUCAGCCUGGCUCUGUGCACAAGACUUAGCAGACUUUGUUGGGCUUUUCAAAAUGAAUAACAUUGAUGGCAAGGAGCUCCUGAAUCUUACUAAAGAAAGUCUGGCUAAUGAAUUAAGAAUUGAGUCUCUGGGCCUGCGCAAUAAAAUCCUCCAGAAAAUUGAAUCACUGAGGAUGGACGUGAGGGCUGUUUCUGUUCCUGUCCCUGACGAGUUUUUAUGUCCCAUAACAAGGGAGCUCAUGAAGGAUCCUGUCAUUGCAGCAGAUGGCUACUCCUAUGAGAGGGAAGCGAUGGAGAACUGGAUCACCAACAAACGACGAUCGAGUCCCAUGACAAAUCUUCCUCUCCCCUCCCUCCUGCUCACACCAAACAGGACACUGAAAAUGGCCAUCAGUCGCUGGCUGGAGACUCAGCAGAAAUAA